AUGUCGCCCGACACCCUCUCACUUGCAGGAAAGACUGCUCUGGUCACAGGAUCUGGCAGAGAAACCGGCAUCGGUGCCGGGAUUGCGAGAGCGCUGGCCCGCAACGGCGUAGCUGCCGCGAUCCAUUAUGUCUCGAAAGACUCCAAGGCGCGGGCUGAGAAUGUAGCAGCUGAUAUUAGCAAAGAGUUCGGCACGAAGGCCACCGUCGUGCAAGGAGGGGUGGAGAGUUACGACACCGCGAAGGACAUGGUUGAGCAGAUUCUGAAAGAACUUGGUGUUGAUCACAUCGAUAUUCUCGUUAAUGUCUUCGGCGUCAUUUACAUGACACAAGCUGUUGUUGGCGUCGGUCGAAUGCCGGAGGGUGGCCGCAUCGUCAACGUCGGCUCCAUCGCUUCGAAGGUGCUGGUCCCGCCACCAAUAUAUAGUACGACAAAGGCUGCGAUGGAUGCUCUGACAACGCUGUGGGCCGGCGAGCUUGGCAAGAGCCGUGGGAUCACCGUCAACACACUCGCACCUGGUCCGGUUCCAACAGACAUGUCGACAGCGUACCUGGUGGCCCCUGACGGGUCUCCGACUGACCUUCAGCGUUCGAUGUAUGCACAGACGCGAGCUGCUGAUCGCCUCGGAUCAGUGGAGGAUGUAGCUGAUGCUACGCUUCUGCUGGUGUCAGACAAGAGCCGCUGGAUCACUGCACAGUACAUCUCAGUGAGUGGCGGGAUCACCGGGACCACGUAG